GGGCGGCAGUUCCGGGACUGGUGCCUGCGCACCUACGGGGACUCGGCCAAAACCAAGACGGUGACCCGGAGCAAGUACCAGCGCAUCGCCGAGGUGCUGCAGGGGGGAUCCGGCUCCGGCGGCGGCUCCGGCGGGGGGGAGAAAGGCAAGUUCCAGUUCUGGGUCCGGUCCAAGGGCUUCCGCCUGGGAAACGGCACCAGGGAGGCGACGAAGAUGGGUCAAGUGGUGGUAUAUGUGCCGGUGAAAACGGGAACGGGGGCAGAUGGACUGUCGGAGCCCGAGGGCAUCUCUCUGAAACGCGUGGCUGUGGUGGAAGAUUUCUUUGACAUCAUAUACUCGAUGCAUGUGGAGAGCUCGUCGGAGCCGGGCAAAGCACCCAAACAUGCCGGGCAGAAGAAAACCUACCGAGCGAUUGCAGAGACCUAUGCUUUCCUCCCGAGAGAAGCUGUGACCAGGUUCCUGAUGAGUUGCACCGAGUGCCAGAAGAGGAUGCAUUUCAACUCCAACGGACUGGAGCCCAAAGAGAGCGAACCGCCUUCCUCCUUGGUUUCUGGGAUCAUUGACUACAACAUGCCCCUCACCUCCACUUACCUGAAGCAGAUGAAGCUGCGGGUAAUGAACUCACAGGAACAGGAUGAGACAUCGGUGAGCAGCGAGGACUUUGAUAUGAACGACUCCACAUGGAUCUCAGCUGACCAGCACCUGAACUCCAGCCUGAGCCCCAGCCAGGACGAGAGCAUGCGCAGCCCGCAGAACCUGCACGGCCAGGAGGAUGGUGACAGCACUUCUGCUUGCACAGGGCCCGGCAGCGGGGCUGCGCCCGUGGCAGGAGGGAAGGGUGAGAUGGGGCAGAAGCAGGGAGCCAAGGAGAAAGGGCUUUUCCUUGUGACCGUGGGCAGGGCGGGCAGGCGAGGGCUGCUCGCAGUAACCCCCAUCUCCUCUCAGUCCCCUCCGUACAGCUCCGGCAGCUACGACUCCAUCAAGACAGAGGUCAGCGGCUGCCCCGAGGACCUGACCGUUGGCAGGGCCCCCACGGCUGACGAAGAUGACGAUGACCAUGAUGACCACGAAGACAACGAUAAGAUAAAUGACUCGGAGGGGAUGGACCCGGAGAGGCUAAAGGCCUUCAACAUGUUUGUGCGCCUUUUCGUGGAUGAGAACCUGGACCGGAUGGUUCCCAUCUCCAAGCAGCCCAAGGAGAAGAUCCAGGCCAUCAUCGAGUCCUGCAGCCGGCAGUUCCCUGAGUUCCAGGAGCGGGCACGCAAGCGCAUCCGCACCUACCUCAAGUCCUGCCGCCGUAUGAAGAAGAACGGGAUGGAGAUGACCAGGCCCACGCCGCCGCACCUGACCUCGGCCAUGGCAGAGAACAUCCUGGCUGCUGCCUGCGAGAGCGAAACGCGGAAAGCGGCCAAGAGGAUGCGGCUGGAGAUCUACCAGACCUCCCAGGACGAACCGAUUGCUCUAGACAAGCAGCACUCCAGAGACUCCACAGCCAUCACCCACUCCUCCUACUCACUGCCAGCUUCAUCCUACUCCCAAGACCCAGUCUACAUCAAUGGAAGCCUGAACUACAGCUACCGUGGCUACGGGUCCCUGGGGGGCAGCCUGCAGCCGCCCGCCUCCCUCCAGACGGGCAACCACAGUAACGGUCCGACCGAUCUCAGCAUGAAAGGUGGGGCCUCCAGCACGGCCCCCUCCAACAGCACCAGCAGGGGAAUGCAGGCUGCCCAGCUCAGCCCCACGGAGAUCAGCGCAGGGCGGCGGGGUGCCCCGGAGUCGGCGGCGUUUCUGCUUCGAUCUGCAGACGAACUGGAAAACCUCAUUUUACAGCAGAACUGACUCCCCGUGUCUGCGUCGCUCCUCUGUCGAGAAGACAAUUUAUACCUGCGAGAAAGCGGCUCCCAGCG